AGGCCAACCGCCGUAAAACAAACUCGCGUAUGAAGUUUUUUUAGUCUGCGGAAGCUGCUGGAUGCUAGCCUGGAAGUAGCGAGCUAGAGAAGUUGUAAACAUUCACGUUUAGACAUAACAUAAACCGGCCUGUUAAAGUCGAAGACUUGUGACACGGUAAGAAACAAAUGAUGUCCCUUACAUUCUAGACAUCAAACAAUCCUUCACCAUGGAGUCAGCCGCUAAAGGGAAGGCAAAGCGGAGACAUUUGGAUGCAGAGGAAUGUGUCGAACUCCGUAUGACACCAGAGGGUACCGAAGCCCUCACCCAACCCCAUGCCUUUGACCGCAGCAAUUCCGACCCCAACCGGGGACUCUACCCCAGGUCGCCUGCAAAGUAUCCCCGAACACCCACAAAGAGAAAAAAACUCGAUGGAGAUACUGACAAGUACCAGAGAGGCAUCACCCAGUUCUUCCCAGUAACCGGGGUCGUUAAGGUCAGCCCUCAGAAAACCGCCCAGCCAAGCUCGUCCUCAACCGCAGACAGACUCAGCAGAGCUUUCCCGUUCACAAGAGGCCCGACGUUGCAAGAGGCGGCAGCCACGCCCAUAAAGGAGGAGCCUUUGGAUGAAUUUUCCACACCCACAAAAGAGGAGCUAGCUGACAUAUUCUCCACUCCCAUGAAGGAGGAGCCAGAGGAGGAGGAGGAGGUGAACUAUCUGGAAGGGAUGACGGAGGCUAUGUUUGGGGAUGAUGAUGAAUUUGAGCGUGGCGCUACAGCCAAAACAUCAGGGGAGGACCUAGCCCGGGUGACGGAGGAGGUGGAAGAGGGAGUGGAGGCCCUUCCUGAUGCUCACUACGGGCUGCUGGGGACCAGCACCAGGCUGGUGCAGCCACAGGGCCACGUUGAGGACCUCCCAGAGGAGCUGCUGAGGCUGGUGUUCAGCCUCCUCUCUGCCCAGGACCUCUACCGUCACGUCAGCCUGGUGUGUCGCCGCUGGAGGGGCAUCGUCACUCAGGCACUGUUUGUUCCCUGGAAGAAGCUGUAUUUCCGCUACCAGAUGAGAGAGAAGGAAGCAGUGAAGGAGGUCUGCCUUCUGCUGAGGAGACAGAACAUCGUCAAGGAGACGCCCCUUAGUGUCAUCAACAUGAUCAAAUUCAUGGCGGAGUACAAGCCAACCCAGCAGGUGAGGCCUGAAGCAGUGUUACACAGUGUGAGGACACACUAUCUCUUUCCUCAGGCAGAGGCCUGUCUCAAACACAGGAUCCCUGACAUAGAAGGCAUCGAGGGGGGUCCUAACCCAUGGGCAGCCAUGGCCCUGAUCCUGGUCCUGUGUCCCAACGUCGGGGAUGUUCUGGACCUGGUGGCUCGUCUGAAGACCUGCUUGCCGUCGCUUAGCGACAUUUCGGAGUACCUCAGCGCCAUGGCAACCGUGCUGCUCGCCAUGACGAACGAGAAGAUAAACGUCAGCAACAGACGGUACUACAAUAUCUACUAUGUGCUUCAUCUGAUGGAGAACGCCCCACCCAGGAUCAGCAGCCGUCAGAGUGGGAGAGCUCCGGUCCAGGUGACCCAGGAGCAGCAGCAGAUCCUAAAUCACGACAUCCAGGCACACCACGUCGUCAAGAUUGUGGCCUUCGCAGGCACAGGGAAGACCACCACGCUUGUCCGCUACACCCAGCAGAGCCCUCUCCUCCGUUUCCUGUAUGUGGCCUUCAACAAGUCGGUGGCUUCACAGGCUAGCCGCAGUUUCCCCAGCAACGUGGACUGUAAAACAGUACACUCCAUGGCCUUUGGAGCAGUUGGCAUAAAGUACCAGUUGAGAAAGCAGCUUUUCCCCAGCCUGAGGCCCUUCUCUGUGGCCUUGUGGCUGCCUAAAGGUCGCGGGGGGUUCAUCAAUGCCAAGGUGGUGACUCUCACACUCAGCUCCUACAUGGCCUCGACCGACACACACAUCACCCCUGAGCAUGUGCCCUGGAAGUUCAAGAACAACCAGGGCCAGGAGCAGGAAAUCGACCACGAGGCCAAAAUGAUGUAUGUGAGGGACGCUCAAAACAUCUGGGACAAAAUGGUAGAUCUAAACGGUGGUAACGAAAAGCAUCACAUGACCCAUGAUGGGUAUCUGAAGCUUUGGCAGCUCAGCCAACCGUGUCUGGACAAAUAUGACGUCAUCCUCAUAGAUGAGGCGCAGGACUGCACUCCAGCCAUCAUGGACAUCAUGCUGCCUCAGCGCUGUGGGAAGGUGUUGGUAGGAGACCCUCACCAGCAGAUCUACACCUUCAGAGGAGCUGUUAACGCCCUGGAACACGUCCAGCACACACACCUGUACUACCUCACACAGAGCUUUCGUUUUGGAGCUGAGAUUGCUUAUGUUGGUGCCAGCAUCCUGCAGGUGUGUAAGCACGUCAGCAAGGUCCUCGUGGGAGGGCAGCAGGGAGGCAGUGUGAGGGGAGAGGCGUCAGACGUGGUGAGUAAUGUCCAGUCAGGUGUGAGUGGAGCUCAGGGGAAGACGGCCAUCUUGUCGCGCUGUAACGUGACUGUGUUCAGCGAGGCUGUGAGGUUGACCGACGCUAACCCCCGCUGCAGACUGCACAUCGUAGGGGGGGUUGAGAACUUUGGCCUCGCACAGAUCAUGGACAUCUGGAUUCUGAUGCAGCCAGAACAAAAACGCACAAAAGGCAUCAGCGACGGCUUCAUCAGGAGCUUCUCCAAGUCAGUGAGUCUGGGGGGCUACGCCGGCCUGAAGGACUAUGCCACCAAGACCCAGGACCGCGAGCUGGAGACCAAGCUGGCCGUGGUGGAGAAGUACAACAACCGCAUCCCCGAGCUGGUGAACCGCAUCAAAGCCUGCUCCGAGCACGACCACCAGCACGCAGGUACGCCACUCACGCAUCACAUCCUGCUCCGAGCACGACCACCAGCACGCAGGUACGCCGCUCACGCAUCACAUCCUGCUCCGAGCACGACCACCAGCACGCAGGUACGCCGCUCACGCAUCACAUCCUGCUCCGAGCACAACCUAAUCCUUCCUCUCUCACUCUAUCUACGACACACAGACACACACACACACUCACAACAUAUUUCGAACAACAUAUUUUCUGUACACAAAUGUAUCAUUUCUCCUCGUCCAGAUUUCAUUCUGGGGACGGUCCACAAGUCCAAAGGUCUGGAGUUUGACACUGUGGUGGUCACUGAUGACUUCUCCAAAGUCCCUGUGGCCCGUCACAACCUGCAGAGGAUCCGCUUCUCAGCAGGUGACAUUCCGGAUGAUGAGUGGAACCUGCUGUACGUGGCAGUAACCAGGGCUCAGAGGAACCUGAUCAUCACUAAGAACAUCUCCAACAUCCUCACUCUGGCCGGGGAGUACUUCCUGAGGUCAGAGAUGAUCAGCACCCUGACCAGUGACGACAGGCCCGUUUGUUUGGUCCGAGAGUGUCAGAACCGCGUCAUGCCAGAGUCUACCAUCGUCAUGAGCAAGCUGCCCAUCAAAUACAUGGACAGUGAGGAUGCAGGGGGUCCUCUGUGUGAGAGCUGUGUGUGGCAGCGUUUGGGCCCCACCGCCUGCCUGCUGGCCCCCCCAGAGAGGCUGCAGGCUCUGCCUCAGACACAGGAGAGGCUGAAUCUUCCCAUCAACUACGCUUUGCUGCUCGCUCUCUUCUAAAACACACACCUUUCUCUUUUUUUGUUUUCUUUUUUUUUUGUUUGAAAGAUUGUUUUUAUACCUUAACCUUUAUUAUUAACGCUGUUCACAACAAACGUGCCUAUCCAUGCUCAGCUGAGAAGGUGAACACAUCCAUGAAGACACAACAGCUGCAUGGGAAUUGCACUGCCAAGCGGAAAUACGCUUUUAAUGUUGAACAGCCCAAACAGGAUAAACAUGUCUCUUUGAUUUAGUUUUGUAAAUACUUUGGGCUCUUGUCUACAGAAACUGUUGAACAUUUUUAAUAAACUGUUCUGUCCAAACUUCUAAACAGUAGAUAUCCUGAGCAGUUAUUUAUUUUUAAGACAUCUGUUGAACAGUCGGUCUCCUUCAUCCUGGCACUGCCAGAGCAGAAUGUCUCCGUUAUUUUUUGAUUUCCGAGGGGAGUUUGCACAUCCAAAUUACUCUGGAUGCUAUUGGAUAGAUACAACUAAUCAGAGAAACAUAUGGCAACUUGGUGGUUAAUGAAAUGUCUCAAUGGCGCAACUCUGUACAAGGAACAGACCCAUCUGCCAGAGCACCAACAAACCACCAGC